AUGGCUGGCGGCUCUCGACCACAAGCGUUGCGCUCGCCACCGCCACCGCCAGAGGAUGUGGGCAGCGAUUGGGACAGUGAGGGAAGCGGAUCAUCAGCUUUCGACGAGUACGAGCCGAGUGACGAUGAGGAUGAAUACGUGCAGGAGGCGCCACCGUCCGUGGCUGACAACGACGAAGAGGCUGAUAUUGCGCAAGAAGACUUUACCCGACUGAUUCGCGCGUUCCAAGAUGAGCCAGGUGCGGAAAAGGGCACUGCCUCUAAGGGCGCCGCCGCACGAAGCAGCUCGGCAUGGAAGCAGUCCAUGGAAGCAGAGAUGGAGUCGUUUCACCAUGAGCUGCGUGACGUCAAUGGGUACACACGCAAGAAUAAAACCACACGUAUUCGGGAACAGGCGCUCUCAUCCGAAGUCAAGGCACUUCUUGCACAGGCCAAUAUCUCUUAUGUGGAAGCCAAUCUGCCCAUGGCGAUCCAGCAGCUGGAAGAAGUCAUCCGUAUCGAGCCCACGGUGGCGGGUGCCUGGUACACACUGGGUAUGUGCUUCGAAGAACUGGGCGAAGAGGAAAAAUCAAUUCAGUGCCGUAUCGUCGGUGCGCACUUGACGUCGAAUGCAUCAGAUGAAUGGAAGUCUCUCGCCCGCCGUAGUCGCGAGCGUGGCUUGUUUCAGCAGUCUAUCUACUGUCUUCAACAAGCCAUCAAGAAAAACAGGUACGACAUCGAUGCCAUUUGGGAUCGAGCUGUCAUGCUCAAGGAUUCAGGCCGUCUACGCGCAGCUAUCGAUGCAUUCCUGGCUGUUUUGAAGCUGAGGCCUUACGAUGCUGAAGUACUUCGCGAGCUGAUUCCCUUGCUCGUGUCUGCCGGUGACUAUGAAGCUGGUGUCGAGAUUUUGGAAAACAUGCGCCAAGAAAGCUUGCAUGGUCGGCCAGAUCCGAACAUCGAUCCCGCGCUGGCAGAGAGCAUGUCCGCUGCCGAAGCUAGCGUGCAGUUCACUUUGAAUGAGCUCGUCACUCUGGCAGACUUGCUGCUUUUGCUAAACCGACCGCUCCAAGUCAUUCUCGUCAUCAAGCAGACCAUUCGAUGGAUGCGGGGUCAGAUUCGUGAAGAUCGUGUCGAUGAUGCCCAAAAUGAUCUUGAGCUAGACGAAGGAGAGAGUGACCAGCCUUACGAGCUGGAUCGGGAAGUCCGACUCCGAUUGGGUAAGGCUCGAUUCAUGCUCCGUGAUACAGAGGAAGGCAAGCGCCAUUUCAGUGUGCUUAUGGAUGAAGCAGAUCCGUAUGACUUUCCCGUGCUGUACUUUGAGAUGGCAGAAUUCUACUUUGAAUACCAGCUCUAUGCCGAGGCACUCGAGGCUUAUCGCCCGCUUAUCGAGGAGGGAUUGGUGGACGACAUGCAAGCUUGGUUCCAUAUGGGCAUGUGUUACCAAUACCUCGAGAUGACGUCUGAAGCAGUACAGGUGUAUGAAUCCAUUUUAGCCGAACAGCCAACCUACUUUGAUGUGAAACUGAGCCUGGCAGAGGUGUACGAAGAGCUCGGCGAGCGCGAAAAGGCCCUCGGUCUCGUGAACGAUGUCCUCGUGGCGCGCAGUGAGAACAAACAGGCGCCGAGCGAGCCAGACGCGCCAGGUCCUCAGGACCAGGCGGAGCCCUCCUUGUCCUUCUUUAAUGAGUCAGCGCCUUCGCAAAUCCUACCAGCGGGAUCUAUACCAUCGCGCAACUCUCGCUCGGGCUUAUCCUUCGCAGAACGACAGCGUCUCGAACAGCAGCGCGAAGAAGAGACGCGACUGGCGUGGAUCCAGUUGUGCGCUCUCGAGCCUCAAGUAUUUGUCGAUGGAUUUUGGCAUCGCGACUUUGUGUUCUUAGACGGCCCGUUGUCCAGGCCACCGUCCAAGGCGGCUGACUCGGCGACGCAACAGCGUUUUGACGCGACACGCCAAUGGAUGCAAGUCGCUGGACGACUGGUGGAGUCGUUCCGGUCCAUGUCGCUCUUGUUUCCUAAGGAGCGCUUUACCAAGUAUCGCGGUGUCGUUCGUCCACGCCGGUCACGACGCUCCAAGCCCUCUGAUCUAGACAGUCACGCUGAAGAGCUUUUGAGUCGUCUGCGCGAUCAAAUGGUCGAUGAAGUUGUGGCUCAGAGCGCCAUGGAAGAUGGAUUCGAGCCGGAGCAGACGACGUUCCGUACGAUCCACUUCGACGACUGGGUCAUGCUGUUCAUGAAAUACGGCAUUGGCCUGGCCAAGAUGGGCGGUGAAGACGACGCCAUCGACGACAUGUUUCGACAUGUCAUGGUAUCCAACACAGUGUGGCCCUCUGAGGAGCGCAAGUUGGCGCUACAUUUGUGUUGGCUUGCCUGUGCCCUGUAUGCUCGAGACCCCACACGGGCAUUCGAAAUCGCGCGCUGGCUGCCGACGACAUAUCAGUUCCACAACGAGCCCCUUCGACUCAUCUCCUCACUGGCGAACAGCCUCGGUUUUUAUGGCGUAGAUGCCUUUGUGAGCUCAACGAACACAAAGCAAUAUCAGCGACGCAUGCGGACGCAUGAAACUAUCGUCUCGGGUGGACCUAUUAAACUGAAUCCGCGCACAGGGCGCUGGACGAUGAUGGGGGUCGACGAAGAGGAUGACAAGGGCAUGGGAAACGAUGAUCUCGUCGGCAAAGUACAGGCUCAGGCACCUCCUACCAAGUCCUCACCGAUUGGGGAAAUCUUCUACGGCUACCUUAUGCUUUGCGCCAACAGCUUCCAGCCAGCUAUGGGAUACCUGUAUCGGGCUUUGGCAUUGCAGCAAAGUGAUCCCUUGCUGUGCCUACUAUGCGGUGUAGCAAGUCUGGGUCGAUCCACCAAUCGCCAGGUGGACAAUCGAAAUCAUACGAUCAUACAGGGCAUGGCAUUGUUCACGCAUUACGCUGAACUACGUGGCGAUAUACCUGAAGUGGACUACAACUUUGCACGUGCCUAUCACCACUUGAACUUGGUACACUUAGCCGUCCCUCGAUAUGAACGCGUGCUGGAAAGAGCUUCAAGCAAGGCAUCAAAAGGUACAUUCGACAUGGCUCGUGAAGCCGCGUUCAAUCUGGCCAUGAUCUUUACACAGACUGGCUCACCCGACCUGGCGCGCCAUUUGUACAGGACCUGGCUCGCUGUGGAGUAA